AUGUCCGACUAUGCAUCCCUCAAAGUGCCGGAGCUGAAGAAGCUCCUGGCUGAGAAGAAGCUGUCGCAGACCGGCAACAAGGCCGAUCUGAUUGCGCGCCUGCAAGAGGCCGACAAGAAGGACGCCACCGCGUCGGGGGAAGACAGCAAGCCUGCCGAGAACAAAGAAGACGAAAUCAACUACAGCGAUGACGAAGCGACUGGCGCGGCCGCCUCAAAACCUGAACAGGCAAAGGCAGCAGAGCAACCCGUAGAGACGCCCGCCGAAGCGCCCGCCGCCGCCGCCGCCGAAACCGCAGAAGAACAGGAGGACGCAGUGAAGCCUGCUGAAGAAGAAAAGCCCGCUGCCGAGGAAGAGGCCAAGGAGCCCGCCCCGUCCUUCGCCAUGGGUCUCUCGUCCUCCACCGCCGACGAAGAGCUCAAGAAGCGCGCCGAACGAGCCAAGCGCUUCGGCACUGAGCUCGACGACGAGACGACGAAACUGGCCGAGCGAGCCAAACGCUUUGGCAUCAAUGAUAAGGAAUUGGCCAGCGGAUUGGACGCAGCUCUGCCCGAGCGAUCGCUGAAGCGUGGCCGCGGCCGCAACGAGGGCGAUGGCAACAGGCCCGGCAAGAAGCGCAGCCAGGACCGUAAGGGACCUUCUGGCAACGAGAGGCGCAGCGGCCGCAACAACAACAAGACUCAGGGUGGCAAUGCCUCGGGCAAGCCCAAGUUCGGCAGCAUCAUAGAAGAUCCUUCUGAGCGAGCCAAGGCCGAGAAGCGAGCUGCCCGAUUUGCUGCGGCGUAA